AGUUCUUUUGGUUUUAACACAAAAUCGAAAGGGGGGGGAAACUACAAUUCCCAGAAGGGAUCUGGUGCAAGCCACCGGAAGAGGCGAGGCCCGGAGCUGAUGGAUGGCGCGGUUAUCCAAUAGACGAGCGCAACGGUGAAGGUCACCGCCCCUUUGGGCUCGGCCGCACCAAUCAGGUGACGGAGGCUCGAGACGGCAGCAACGGCGAGCUGGGCGGGCAGAGGGUGAUGGAGAGUCUGUGAGACGGCGCCUGGUUGUCCCCUCACUCCUUGGUUCAACGGCAGGAGAGCCGCCCGCCCCAUGAAGAAGGGCCGGAGGCCGAGUCUGAGAGGCUCGGCGACCGUUAGCGGUUGCCGGAGAGCGGCAGAACCCGAAUCGAAGAAAAAGAAGAAAUUGGUAGCUAUCCAUCAGGCUCUGAAUGUUGACCCAGUGGAUGUGGAAACUCUCCGGCAGUCUGCCAUUAGUGAGGGUGGGCUCCUGACCGACGAGAUCCGCAGGAAAGUCUGGCCAAAGCUGCUGAAUGUAAAUGUUUACAAAUUACCUCCAAAACCAGGCAAGGAUAUAAGGGAAGGCCACAAAGAUUACAACCAGGUGCUCAUGGAUGUGCAACGGUCACUGCGCAGGUUUCCACAAGGCAUGAGUUCAGAGGAACGUGGAGUUCUGCAGGAGCAACUGAUCAACGUCAUCCUCUACGUCUUACAGAGGAACCUACAGCUUCACUAUUAUCAGGGCUACCAUGACAUUGUUGUGACAUUCCUCCUGGUUGUUGGUGAAAGGAUGGCCAUUGCACUCAUGGAGAUACUGUCUUCCCAUCAUCUCAGGGAUUUUAUGGAUCCCACAAUGGACAGCACGAAGCACAUUCUAAACUACCUAAUGCCAGUUCUGCAGCGGGUGAACCCACAGCUCCACGACUUUCUGCAGAGGGCUGAGGUUGGCACCAUCUUUGCCCUGAGCUGGCUGAUCACCUGGUAUGGUCACGUCCUCUCCAAGUUUCGCCAUACUGUCAGGCUGUACGACUUCUUUCUGGCAAGUCACCCGUUGAUGCCAGUCUACGUUGCGGCAGCGAUUGUACUACACAGGGAGGAAGAAGUAAUGAAAUGUGACUGUGACAUGGCCAGUGUCCAUCAAUUACUGUCCAAGAUACCGCAGGAUCUUCCUUACGAGACACUGAUCAUCAAAGCAGAGGAGCUAUUUUCCCACCAUCCACCCCCUGAGCUUGCAAAACAAGCAGCACUGCAGCUACGCAAAAGCAUUGCCAUCAGCACCUUCCAGGAUUUCCAGGUGGCUACAUCUCGGCAACGUCCUGAUGCAGUGCUCCGUGAACAGUUCAAGGAGAAGCCUUGCCUGCCCUCUGCCGAUGCAGCUCCACCAGUGGGGGCCAACCAGCUAGUCAAGAUGGCAGUGUGGGGACUGACAGCAACCCUGGGAGCAGCUGCUUUGGCUGUAGUCAACACAGCAGUGGAGUGGGCCCCGGAGUUUGUUUUUCAACUGUUUCCAUAGCGAGUGACUAAGGUAGCGGGAACGCGUGGCCUGCAAUAUGCUGCAUUGGGAAACAUCUCUCGGCUGAAACGCAACGAUUGGACUAAGGAGCCCAGUGGUGCACUGUGCCAAAAACCUGUUCAAGGGAGCAAUAAAUGAAGUCUUCACCUUAACUAUCUCCAACAUGCUCCAAAAUAGGAGGGACACUGGAGCACCAGCCAUAAACUCUGCCAACCCCCUGCCUGGCAGCCACCUCUCCACUUCUCUUCUGCCAAUUGUACAGUCAAGGACAACUUAAAGAAAUUAGCAAACAGUAAGCACUUAAUGAUUGCACGUCCAUUUCCUUACACUGCGGACACUCAGAAUGGAAGUAAGGCCUUGUGAAUUUGCAGAUGGUUAGAUGGAAACCUGGUGUCACUCAAGUGAGCCCUAGGCUGUUGUAGAUUGAGGAGGGAAUCUUCAAAUACAGUGUGCCUCCAGAGUGACUUACAAUCAAAUAGCAUCAAAAUAAUCCCACACUCAAUUUAAAACAGUGUCCUGGUAGAUGAAGGGGAAAGGAGUAGUUUAUUUCAAGUUCGUUACUAUUCUGAGAUGAGACAGAGUACUGUCUUCCCACCAUUUGAAUGAGAAGCUAAAGGGAGACUCCUUUUGCCCUGUCAGGUGGAUAUUAAAGAUCUACGGAGUAUUUAGAAGACAAGGAGGCGAGUUCCCCUGAUGCCUUGAACCAUAUUUGUCCCUUAACAAGUGUCACUCAACAGAUUAUCUUGCCACUGCUCAUUGUUGGAUAUUGUUUUGUACAAAUUGGUUCCUAUGGUUGCCCACCUUAAAACAGUGACAGUGGCAAAUAUCAACAUUCCUUCAUUGUUAAUAAAACACUUUGAGAUGUCCUGAGGCAGAAAUUUCUAAAGUGUAUUUUCUGGAAGACGUGACCAUUGCCGGUGAUGGUGGGUGGUGAUUGCUCAGGCACAGCUGAAGCAAUGUUGGUGAGUUGCUGCACCUGUAAAUGGUAAUUACUGGCGGCCUGUUUAUCUGAUGGUCGAGUGAGUGACUGCUUCAGGUGAAAGUGGAGUGUUGAUCAAGCUGACUGCUUUGACCUAGGUGUGGCUGAGGUUUAGCUGUGUGUGCCACCUAAUGGGAAGGCCAUGGGAUUACCACCACCAAGUUAUUCACCAUCCUGACUUUAAAAAUAUAUCACUGCUCGUUCAGUGUCACUGGGUCAAAGGCCAUAAGAUAUAGAAGGAGACCAUUUGGCCUUUGAGUCUACUCUACCAUUCAGUGAGAUUUGAUAAUCCUCGCCUGCACUUUGUGCCUGCCUCAUGUUGAAGGUGGCAGCUGGGGUGCCAAUGGAGUGGUGUCCUGAAUUGUGUCAUUGGAGCUGCUUAUGUUCGGGCAAGUGGAGAAAAUGUCACCGCGCUAGUGACUUGUGUGUUUAUAGAUGGUAGACAAACUUUUAAUGAAUGAGGGGGUUAGUUGCUCACUGGGGAAUUCCCAGCCUCUAACCUGAGCAAUAAUGAAAAUUUCAAUUGUCGCAGCAAGACCAGACCUUUGGAUGGUGGGAGAUCAGAAUUUUCACUGUUUUGCAUUUGAGAAAGUGCUUCCCAAUUUUCCCUUAAACUUUUAUGUUUUAAUUUUAAGGUGAUGUUCCCUUAGUCAGGCUUCCCCUAUCAGAGGAUAUAGGUACUGUUACAUCAUUAAAAUUGCAGUAAUCCCAGGAAUGCAGGUUUGAAAUGUUUAAUUUUGUGCUAUGAAAAGCAGGGAAAUGUUCAAUGUUGGUAGUCCCAGUGGAAUUAGAUGUACCCCUACUCCUUGAUAUCAAAGCACUGAUUCUUGCUCAGUCUGGGCAGGUGCUGUAGGUGAUUUAGGAUUUCACCCGCUAUGAAUAGUGAAAUUGAGUAACUGACUGGCCUCCUCUGCUGUCCAGGAGAUAGGUUAUGGAAAGCAUCUAGAUAAUCUACUGAAGUGACCUACUAGCGAUGGAGGACAUGCUGUAAGAGCAAUGUAAUGUCUGUGGCUUUGUUAAUUGGAGGAAUUUCCCUGGGUCAGUAGGAGAGUUGCUCUAUCAAGAGUCAAGAGGAGAUGGGAUUACAUUGAAUAUGGUAAGAAAAACAACAUCAUCCAACACGAUCCUUUAUGAAUCACUGAAUUCUGUUGAAGUUUAAUUGUCUGUCACUAAUGUCUAAUAGAAGUUCUUAUUCCUAGGAUGAUGCUGACAGCUGAUGCUCAGUAUGUUGCUGCCCCUGCUGAUGGACGCAGUGAAGCUCCCUGACAGCAUACAGCUGAUUUACAGCUAUCUGCAGAGACUCCGGUUUUAGCAAACAAUUUCAGUUUGAUUCUUCUACCAUUUAGGAAACCGUGUUUAGGGGCAUGUUACAAGUGAAUUUGAUAAGAGGGAGGGCAGGUGACUUUUGGGUCUGUCAUUUCUCAAAGUCUGCACAGGGUUAGGAGUGGGGGCAGGGGUCUUCACCUCAGAUCUGGAUUUAUGAGCUAACUGAUGGAGACUGAUUGCUAUGAUUAGUCAACAACUCCAUGAUUGUAAUAUUAUAGGAUUACCAGGACCAUUGAGGUACAGUAAAUGGAUCAUCGUACUGCAGUUCCUUUGUUUUUGCUGCCUUGCAUAUCCUUCAAACACUUUUUUUCACCAGAAAUGGACCUCAUUGUUUCUAUAAACUCAUAACAUUAUCUUUAUUGAUGGCUUUCCAUGUUGUUAUUUCAGUAGACUGUCUGUUGUUCCCAGGCAUUCUAAUAUUUAACUGGAGCUCCCUCUUCUUGGCCCAGUCACCAAAUUAAACUGAUUAAUUUUUGAAAACUUGUCACUGUUUUCAGAAUGUCAGUUAGAUCCCCAGGUUAUCUCUUAUGUGAAGCCAUUUCUUCUGUCUUUCCCUAUUUCCAUCAACUUCUGUAUUGUCAAGGGUGGGUUAACUGCAGAGGAAAGUUUCCUCGUUUUCACAUAAUGCUUCAAUUUCCAUUUCAUAAAAAUACUGCACACCUUGCUACAUUGCCCCAGUGAGUUCUGUUUCUCACAUCAGCAACUUGAUGGGUUUUUUUUAUGCUUGCUGGGGUCCUGAAAUAUGGACAGAACAGUCAUAAGGGUCAUAUCAUUGGAAAGGUGAAUACUGUACACAACAGACCUUUAUUGCAUAGAGAGAAUGGUUGACUGUCAUUCAAGCCUUUAACUUAUUCCUUGAUAUUUUCUACAACAUGCGUCCCUUAAUUUAAAUUACGUGUCCUGACUCCCAUUGGGCAUGUUAUAUCCUGUUGAAAACUGGAGCCCACAGCAUAGUUCCAUGACAAAAAUUCUCCACAUCAAUAGAAUGUAGCCGCAAUGGAAGAAUAUUGAGAUUUUAGCCAAUACCUAUGCACUAGCUAAGUGAGGCUGAUCGGAUAUUGCAGCUGGACUAUGCCUGCAAGAUUUGGUGAAAGCAUGAAGCGUACACCUAUUUAUAUUUCAGGAGUGAAGAUGACCUUAUGCAUUGUGUAGGCGAUCAUCAUCACUGCAACAUAACCAUCAUGGGGGUUUGCACGCAUCCGAUUUCCAUGUUCUGUUUACACCCUGGGUAAAUCCUCCUGAUCAAUACUAACUGGGCUCUCUCUCUUUCAUCUUUUAACCCUGAAGAUAAUCUCUAAUAUGGGGAGGCUGUGCUGUGACAUUAGUUACUUUACAUUGUAAAGUGUGUGGAUUCAUGCUUCUCGGAGAUGCAUUCUUUUGCACUGUACCUGUACUGUGCUCUGUGCCCUAAUUCUUCAGAGGAAUUGCCAACAGCAAUUAAAUUGGCAACUGCCGUGCUUUUAGUAUAUACUGGUCAUUUAGCUAGAAUUGUGGGGAACAAGUCUAUAAAUACCAUCUACCUUUAGAAGACCAGGUACAGAUUUGGUGCUGACACCAAAUAUUGAUCUGGAUCUUGUUGGGGCAAAUAAAUAUGUUAAUAACAGUACCAUUAUGAAUGAGCAUAGAGUCAUACAGCAUGGAAACAGACCCUUUGGUCCAACUCGUCCAUGCUGACAGAUAUCCUAUAUAA